AUGCAGAAGAUCCGGUGGUACGUGCACAAUACAAUCCCACAUGAACUAGGCCAUACAUCGUCGAACGAUGGACCUUGUCCAGGUCGACGCGCAAGCAUACGAACCAACAGAACUCCCUCUGGGUUUCGGCAAGAACCACCACCGGGUCCGCGGGAGCACAACGAAAAAUCUCAAGAACUCUCCGCAGAGACGAUCCUCUCCUCUCCUCUGGACGACCCAGUGGAUCCGACGUCGGCGUCGAAAGCACAUCAGAUAUCUCGCAGCGCACAGACGGCCGCACCGGAAAAGCGCGGCGGUCCUCCGCCGCGGGCUUUCAGUGCUCAACGGAAGUACGUAGUAACUCCAAGACGCACCGGACCACAGGCGGCGGCGGCGGAACCCCUGCCAGCGCGCGCCGAGUCGGGCGUCAUGACGUGUUUGUCCAUCGUCCCGACGACCAAUUCUGUGAAGAAAGCCCCAAGUUCGCGUGUGGGCGCGACGACUGGCGAGCCGGGCACAGCGUGCUGGUGGUACAUAUACAACGCCCCGAGAACGGGUUUGCGCGCGUCAUCUGCGAGAAGCGGCGUGUAG